UUGGACUUGCAAGAGCUAGAAACAGCAACAAUGGCUCUCGUCUUCUUCCUUGAGCUUUCACUCUCUUUAGUCUUCCUUGUCAUCCUCUAGUACCUCCACAUGAGGUCCAGGCGCAAGAACCCAGCGAUCCCGCUGGACUGGCCGCUAGUGCGCAUGCUGCCGUCGCUCCUCGGUAGCCUCCCGCGCCUCCACGACUGGGCCACCUCGCUCCUCAGCGUCAGCCAUCUCAACUUCCGCCUCAUCGGCCCGCCGCACUCGGGGAUGCAGCUCUUUUUAACCUCCGACCCGGCCAAUGUUCGCCACGUCUUCACCUCCAACUUCCCCAACUACCCCAAGGGCCCCGACUUCGCCGAGAUCAUGGACAUCCUCGGCGGUGGCAUCUUCAACGCCGACGGCGACUCCUGGCGCCGCCAGCGUGCCAAGGCGCAGCUGCUCAUGUCCGCGCCCCGUUUCCGGGCCUUCGUGUCCCAGUGCAGCCGCCGCAAGGUCGAGCGUGACCUACUCCCGCUGCUCGCCCAUGUCGUCGCCACCGGCACCGGCGAGUGUGACCUCAUGGACGUGUUCCUCAGGCUGACAUUCGACAUGACGACCACGCUGGUGUUCGGCGUCGACCCGGGCUGCCUGGCCAUUGGCUUCCCAGAGGUGCGGUUUGCGCGUGCUAUAGACGAUGCAAUGGACGUGCUCCUCAUCCGCAAUGUACUCCCGCUGUCAUGGUGGAAGCUGGUGCGGUGGCUCGGGGUAGGGUACGAGCGGAAGAUGGCGGUGGCGCGGCACGAGAUCGACCGGUUCAUCGGCGACGCGAUCGCCAAGAGGCGUGAGGCGGUUAAAGCCAGAGGCGCGAACGAGGACUCAGAGACAACAGACCUGCUCUCCUCCUACAUCGACGACGACGAUGCUGGCAGGACGGCUGACGUCAUCCUCCGUGACACGACCAUGAACCUUAUGCUCGCCGGCCGCGACACGACCGGCUCGGCGCUGUCCUGGUUCUUCUAUCUCCUCGCCAAGAACCCGCACGUGGAGUGCAAGAUCCUGGCAGAGCUAGACACCAUCAAGGCCACCACCAGCACCACCCUAGACGGCAUGGUAACCUACGACGACACAGAUGAGCUAGGGCGGCUGGUGUACCUGCACGCCGCCCUGUGCGAGGCGCUCCGGCUGUACCCUCCAGUGCCGUUCGAGCACAAGGGCGUGGUGGCGGCGGAGACGCUGCCGAGCGGGCACGAGGUGCGGCCUGGGGACAAGAUCAUCGUCUCGUUGUACGCAAUGGGGAGGAUGGAGGCCGUCUGGGGCAAAGACUGCUGGGACUUCCGGCCGGAGCGGUGGAUCAGGGAGGACGGCAAGCCGCGGUACGUGCCGUCGUACAAGUUCGCGUCCUUCAACACCGGGCCACGGACCUGCCUCGGCAAGGACAUGGCAUUCGUGCAGCUCAAGGCCGUGGCGGCCGCCGUGGUGCGGAACUUCGUGGUGGAGGCCGUGCCGGGGCAUGUCGUCGAGCCCAACGUCUCCAUCAUUCUCCACAUGAAGAACGGCUUCAAGGCCAAGAUCAAGAGGAGGCAGCUGAUGAACAAUUGAUUCAGAGUAAUAAUAUAUCUGAUGAUCGCGGAGAUAACGAAUGUGUAUCGAUUGUAGCCCUUGAUCGAUGGCAAAGGGCAGAUGUGUUACCGACGUGCAACGUGUCACUCAGUUUGGUCGUUAGGCUGAGUGGUGCCUACGUACCUAGCGCUGAAACAUCUACCCUAUAGUAGCUUUGAGAUCCAUGUGUCAAAAAAUGUCUUGAAGCUAAUAAAUAAGUUGUUAUUAUUCCA